GCCCGGACUCCAUUUCCCGUGGUGCCCUGGGGGGAGCAACUUCCGGCGCGGGUACGGGUCGGCGCACGCGGUCUCGGUUCGGUCGACUUUGCGGAGCCAUGGAGGGUGGCUUCGGCUCGGACUUCGGGAGCUCCGGCGGCGGCAAACUGGACCCGGGGCUCAUCAUGGAGCAGGUGAAGGUGCAGAUCGCCGUGGCUAACGCGCAGGAGCUGCUGCAGAGGAUGACGGACAAGUGCUUCCGGAAGUGCAUCGGGAAGCCGGGGGGCUCCCUGGACAAUUCGGAGCAGCCUCCUGUCCCAACCUCAGCUGGAAGGGGAGAACGGAGAGAUGGGGGGCCACCUGCCCGGUUCCCUCUCAGCCCCACCCCCAACACGCCAACACCACGGGGAUCUUGCCCAAGACCAGGAGGCCUGGGGAAUCUGAUGGAAACAGCUCCUCUCCUGGAAGUGCCCCCCCCACGCUGAACAACGCGAGAAUGUGUGCCACUCCAGGGGGCUUCCUCACCUCCACUGGAGGCCAAGUUAAGAACUUGGCUGUGACUAUUAGAACAGUAAAAAUCACCAGGGCGGGAGGCCAGACCCAGAUAAAGCCGGCUACAGAGACAGUGUUUCUGCCAAGAACAAGCAGCGGCAGCUGUGAAGUAUCCCUGAGUGUCCCUGCUGGAAGCUUCCCCGCACCCAGUCCAGCAGAAACUGCCGUCAGGAACCAGAGCCACGUGAACAGAAGACCCCCUUUGGCCUGGGACCUUGGUCUCCUUUCCGGUCCAGGUGCAUAACUUCUCAGCGGGUUCUGGACUGGAUUCUCCGCAUCCGUCUUAACUUUGUGUUGCCAGGGAAACAGGACCUGGGUCCCCCUGAAAGGGUCUAGACGACCCUUGCCCGGACCCCUGGCAUGUGGCCGACUGGGCCCGCAGCCAACAGAGACUGCUUCUUUUCGAUGCCAUCCACCCCCUCUGUGCCCCCAGACCCUUCCUUGGUCUGGGAGCUGUGCGAUGGUUCUGAAGGUGUGUGGGCUGCCUCGCUACAGCGAGCCCCUAAACCUGGCUUUGUGGGCACAGGUCCGUGCCUGAGCGACCCAGGCUCAUCGGGCCACGUGUGCACACGUCCAUAUGUGUGCGAGGGAAAGGGAAGAGAAUAGGGAAGAGAAGGCGACACAUCCUUAAAGACCUAAAGUGACCAUGAGCACUUUCCCCCAGCUCCUGUGUCCUGGGGUUAGACCAGACGCACACACCCCUGCCACCCCUGAACAGGACAGUGGGGAUCCAGGGGGCCCAGGGAGGGACCCUGAUGCAGGAGGGAAGCAGGGAAACCCCCCUGGGUCGCAGUCUCUAUAGGGGAGUCGGUGAGGAUGCUGGAGAUGGGGACUUGGAACAGCUGGGAAUUCUGGGAAACUCCCCAGGAGGAAGGGAAGUGGAUGCAGCCGGCAGAGGCCCGCAGCCCCACGUGCUGAACCCCUGGGACUCCCAGAAGCGUGCUCGGUCCCUCCCUGCCGACCCGCUCCCCGCCUGAAUGAAGCCAGACUCCGUCCCUCAGCAUCUGGACACGAGCACAACGUUCACGUCUGCUGGGGGCAGGCGGAGGCGGCGUGCCCGGGGCCCUCCCCCAUCCCCCCACCCCGCCUCCACCCUACUUGGUAGGGCCCCUCCUCUGUGGCAGCACUUCCUCUCUGAGUUUUGCGACCUUCCACUCGGUCCCUUGAAACUGACACGGUGGGGGGGGGGGGGGUUGGCAGGGCAGGAGUGGGAUGGUUGCUAAGACAGGGGUCCCGCCAGCACACCCCGCGCCCCACAGAAGCCAGGCCUUGUCCUGCCCUUGGUUCCCCACGACGCUGCAGCCAGUAUGAAGCUGGCUGCUCGUGAUGGCGUUUUACUCCGGACCUGCCAACACACGUUCGUACCUUCUGAUCACUGUUUAAUAAAAACCGCUUUAGUCACGCACGAAGGAUCUCAAAGGCACGUUCUCCGUCAGUAUCUCUCUGGGCCCGUUCUGCCAAGAUGGGCUGAGUCAAUUUAGCCAGGGGCCCCUGAGCGGGGCCUGUGGGGUCAGCACAGUCCCCUUUUCACUCCUGCCUGCCAGGGACUGUGUGUGUGCGUCGCCAACGUCUGGUUCCCUGCCGCGCCGCAUGGCAUCGCACAGCAGGCUCGGCCCAGGGCGGCCCAGAGGAGGGUUUCAAGCAUGGACGACGGGUGCCUGGACGUCCGUGAUGACCCUCCCGCCGGGCACUUCCCCACAUGCCCUGGUGCCUCAGAAAAGUCUCCGUUUUGUAACAGGAGCAGACAGCGGCGCCUGGGUGGCCGUCAAUUGAGCGUCCGCCUCUUGGUUUCAGCUCAAGUCGUGGUCUCAGGGUUGUGGGAUCGAGCCCCACGUUGGGCUCAUGUUGGGCACAGCGCACAGCCUGCUUGGGAUUCUCUCUCUGUCCCUCUCCUUUUGCCCCUCCCCAACCCGUGCACGCUCUCUCAAAAUAAAUAAUAAAUAAGCAUUAAAAAAAUAAA